AUGAUAGAACGGGAAUAUUAUGAUAACGAAGUUUUCGAAGAACAUAAUGUAUGGAGAAAAAAUGUACCAUACAUGUAUGAUUUAAUGUUCUCUUACGCCUUAAAGUGGCCUUCUUUGUCAGUACAAUAUUUUCCUGAUAGUAGAAGAGAUGAUAGAAAAGAAAGCACUUCUCAAAGAUUGUUACUUAGCACCAACACCAAUGGUGAAGAACAAGAAUAUAUUCAUAUUGCAUCUGUCGAGUUUCCUGAUAAAUAUGAUGAAUUGUUAAGUGAUGAUUGUAAUGGAGAUCUAAGAUUUAAAUUUGAACAGUCUAUACCAGUGCACAGUUCAAUUAAUGUUGUUAGGUACAAUCCUGUAGCAUUUCAUUUACUUGCUGCUAGAUUUGACACAGAAGACAUUCACAUAUUUGAUUAUACUAAACAUUUAGCAACAAGUGAAUAUGCUGAACCUGAUGUUGUGCUAAAAGGUCAUUCUAAGGGGGGUUAUGGAUUAUGCUGGAAUCCGCUUAUUACUUCUGAACUUGCUACAGCGGGAGAAGAUAAUAAAAUCUGUAUUUUUAAUAUUACAGAAUCUAGUAAAAAUAUAAGAGCUACUACUAAAUUAAAAUAUCAUUCAAAGAUUGUAAAUGAAAUAUCAUAUAAUUACAAUAAUGACACUGUUCUUGCAUCAGUGAGUGACGACAAGUCUUUGAUAAUUUGGGAUACAAAAAUAAAAAAGCCUAGUUAUGUUGUGUCCGACGCACAUGAAUCUGAUAUUUUAUCCUGCCAUUUUUCACCGUUAAAUUCGUUUUAUUUGGCUACUAGCUCUGAGGACAGAUCGGUGAAAAUAUGGGAUACAAGAAAUCUCAGUACUUCUGUUUACACUUUGCUAAGACACUCUAGUGGGUGUGGAAAAGUCCAGUGGUCUCCACAUUUCGAAAGCAUAUUGGCAUCGGCUGGCAAAGAUAAGCGCGUUUGUAUGUGGGAUUUGUCACUUUACGGAAAUAUUUUAUCAGAAGAAGAUGCUUUAGAUGGUCCUCCCGAAUUAAUGUUUUUACAUGGGGGACACACUGAUAAUGUUGUUGAUAUUUCGUGGAAUCCUGCAGAGAUUUAUGAGAUUGCGAGUGUUUCUGAAGACAAUGUCUUGCAAAUCUGGCAAAUACCAGAAAGAGAAUAA